AUGUCCCAACAACCAACCGACGGUCCGCUGGACCCGGAGAAACAAGAGCUGAGCAUCGCUGUCACUGCCGCCGAGGACUUUGAAGAGAAGGUCGAGGAAGUUGGGAAGGUUCCGCCUCCAGAUGGUGGCUACGGAUGGGUCAUCGUCGUGGCGAGUUUCCUCGUCAACAUGUGCGUUGACGGUGUGAUCUACACCUUCCCAGCUACUCUCAUCCCGCAUUGGACCAAAAUGUUCGGAGCUGAAACGUCUGCCAGUAAUACCGUGUCGUUGCUCACAGGAUUCUACUAUCUCUCUGGUCCUCUCGCCUCUUCGCUCGUCGCCGUGUUCGAUGUCCGCUCGGUUUGCAUGGCUGGAGGAAUUCUGACGGCAUCGGCGUUCAUCGCGUGCUCAACCCUCUCCGAAGCUUACCAAUACUACCUCCUGUUCGGAAUUGUCGGUGGUAUUGGAUUCGGAUGCAUGUAUCUCCCGUCGAUCGUCGUCCUCUCCUCCUACUUCGAGAAGAAACGCAGCUUCGCCACUGGAAUCGCCGUUUGUGGCUCGGGAAUCGGCACGAUGUUAUUCUCCAGACUUAACAUCAAAGUCAUGGGACUGCUGAAUGACAACGCAUCGCAUUUCUUGUUCUACAUGGCUGGAAUCAUCCUUUUCGGAGUCAUCUCCGCGUUGUUCUUCCGUAAACUUAAGCCAUCCGAGCAGCAAGUGACGAAAGUUGCCAAGAUGGUCAGAGAGUACGAGGGAAAACCGGAUGAGCCGUCGCAAAGACUUCUCGAAGAUGUUCGUGCCGAUUUGGAGGAGCUGAAUCGCCCAGGACACAAUCCUGAUGCAUUCUAUGUCAAUACUUUGGACAAGAAAAUCGCUGAAGCUGCUCACGCCGAGCAUGUGAUCCACGCCACGGAGAACCACACUGUCAAGCACGUCACCAAGAAGAACAAAUUCACUCAGUUUAAGGAUGAACUGUGCUCGGUGAUCGAUAAAGAUCUCCUCUACUCUCCCAGUUUUCUGACUUUCGCCUUCUCCGGAACUCUCGCCGUCAUGUCAUUCUUGGUCCCAUUCGUCUAUAUCAGUGAUCUCAUGCCGGGCGAUAUUUAUACAAUCCAUGAGCGUUCGUUGCCACUUCUCUUCAUUGGCGGCUUCAACAUUGCGUUCCGUAUCAUCUGUGGCUUCAUUUCGGAUCACCCGAAGAUGUCGGCUCUUCAGGUCUCCAACUUUGUCAUCAUUCUUGCCGGAAUCUCCAUCGCCGCUAUGCCGUUCAGCACCACUCUUUGGCAUUAUAUUCUUCUCUGUGUUCCAUUCAGUGCUGGAGUUGCUUGCUUCGCUGCUCUCCGUUCCGUCAUCUGUGUCGAACUUGUCGGUGUCAAAAAGCUCGGAAAUGCUUUCGGAAUUCUCAUGGUUUUUAUGGGAUUCGGCGCGGUGUCGGGACCUGCAAUCGCUGGACAGAUCAAAGCUGCUUCUGGAAAUCUGAAUCUCGCCUUCUACAUCAUGGGAGGCGUCUUCACCUUCUCCGCCAUCAUGACUCUUCGUUUGACUCAAAUGAAGGCGUGGGAGGAAUCGAGAAAAGCGAAGAAGGCAAGAGGAACGGAGAUGCGUGUCAUGGCGAAUCAUUAA